AUGUUCAAAUACAUCGUUCUCGCAACUUUAUUGUGUGCCUGCGCCGCUGUACCAUUGCCUCCAUCAGAUGAUGCUCAUGCCGAGAUACGCACUUUGAACAGUGAUAUUAAGCCCGAUGGAAGCUAUCAGUAUCAGUUUGAAACCUCAAAUGGCAUAGCAGCACAGGAAAGUGGCGUUGGAGCUCAAUAUGCCAGUGGUUCUUCACAAUACUAUUCUCCUGAGGGUGAAUUGAUACAGCUAACUUACACUGCGGACGAAAAUGGUUUCCAACCACAAGGUGCACACUUGCCAACACCACCACCAAUUCCUGAGGCAAUACUGAAAGCUUUGGAAUAUAUACGCACACAUCCAAAUGAAGAGGAACAACAUUUGCAACAUCAACAUCAACAACACCAACAACAGCAACAAGGAAAUCUUUAUCUGCAACAAAACUUCCGCAAAUUCUAA